CCGACACAUCGCCGCAUACAGCUUCACGUCUUCGCUUCAGCGAGCCUCCACCGCAUCCCUAUCGCAGGUCGAUCUACUUCGCAACGCACCUUCACUCACUCUCGUCAACUACCGCCCUUCCUUCAACACAUAACGUCCUAUAUCACGUCUCUUGUCGCCAUGGCCGCCUCCACCACUGCGUUUGGUUCUCUCUCCGUCACCCUCGCGCAGGCGAUCGCUUACCUUACCCGCACUUUAAUCGUACGCUACUCUGCUACGGCUAUUAUCAAGCUCCAGCUCGCACUCGAGGCGAAUCUCACCUCCCACUUCGCACCCUCUUGGGUCCCCACCGAGCCCCUUCGCGGGUCCGGUCGCCGUUGCCUUACGCUUUCGCCGAGUGCGCUCCCUCCGCGCCCCAUCUACAACGCUUGCAAGAGCGCGAAGGUAGAAUGGUCGGACUGGAUCGCCCUCCUUGGUGGUGUCGAGUUUGAUCUCUUCAUCGACCCUGGUUGUGUCUCAGUUCGCUUCGGUAACUGGGACACAGGCAAAGUGAGCAAGUUCCUCACCGUCUGGUCGGAAGACCUCGAGCAGGGGUCCAAGACCUCGACGCGCCGUCAGCCGACUGCGGUCGCUAUACCGUCUCCCAACAAGACGCUUGCGCAACAGCUCCUCGAGACGGACGAGGACGAGGACGAGCAGCUCUUCGCUAUGAUCGCGGACGAGGUCCAGAAGCCCACCUGGCUGACCCCAAUCCUUACGCAGUUCCCUAACGUCCCCGUUCCCCCUCGCUCCAAGACGUCGUCUCCCGACUCCACCAGCUCGAUCGCGUCGAUGUCUUCUCGUUCCAGCUCUUCCGACUCUAGCUCCGGCUUCUCCUUCUUCUCCAACGGCAGCUCUGCGUCGUUGAGCUCCGCUACCACUGUUUCCCUGUCUCCCGCGGACGAGAACCCGAAGGUCAAGCUCUCUCGCCGUGAAAAGGCGAGACAGGCGCGGGUCUUUGUGGAUGCUUCCAAGACGGACGUUACGAACUACGACGGAGGCAAGACCACUGUCUUGACUGGCGGUGUCAUGCUCGGCGGUGGGCGCUCUGCCUCUCAGGCCAAGCCCGCUGCCCCCAAGACGAACAGCUCGAGCUCCAACUGGCGCUCCUCCCGCGCGUAAGCGCAUCAGACAUUCAAAACGAUUGUCCUCACACUCCCUUCGACAUUCUCCACGACCGCAUCGACGCGGCUAGCCCGUGCUUGCAAGAAUGCCUAUCACGAAUGAUACCACGAGGACGAUCAACGUGCAUCCCACCCAUA